AUGGUGUCCUUCGACGUCGUCUCUCUUUUCACCUCCAUCCCUAAAGAAUUAGCCACGAAGGUCAUAAGUGACCUACUGCAGAGGAGGUACGAUGAAGAGGAAAGACCUCUGAAAAGGAGGCACAUAAUGGAGCUACUGGAAUACUGGUUGAGCACGUACUUUACGUUUAAUGGUCAGGUGUACGAGCAAAUCCAGGGAACUCCAAUGGGAUCACCAAUCUCCGGCUACCUAGCUAAGGCGGUUCUACAAGAACUGGAAACGCGGGUCUUUCAGUCCUACAUGCCAACAUUCUGGAUGCGCUACGUGGAUGACACCUUUGUCAUCCUACCUCGAGACGUGAAUGAGACGUUCCAAAACAAAUUGAACUCAAUAUUCCCCCAAAUUCAAUUCAAAAUAGAAGAAGAAAAGGACGGAGAAAUCCCCUUUCUGGAUGUCCAGGUGUCGAGACAGGAAGACGGAGCACUCCAGACUGGUGUCUUUCGAAAGGCAACUGAUACGGCAAAAAUCCUCCAUUACAGCAGGAACCACCCCUUGUCUCAUAAACGCAGUUGUGUGCGGACGCUCUUCCUACGCAUCAAAACACACUGCAGCACAGAGGCUGAAAAGUUGCGAGAGCGUAAAUCCCUAUGGCGUCUCUUUCUCUCCAAUGGGCACCCAGGUAGCUUUAUAAACAAAUGCCUGCAUCAAAGGCACACGAAGACCGCUGGUGAACAAAAACAAAAACCUGAAAUCUUCCGUGCUUUGCCCUACGUGAGUGACGUUUCCGAAGCCACCGAACGCAUGCUCAGACCACUCAACGUGGGCCUUGGACACCGGCCGGAGGUCACUAUCCGCCGCUUGCUCAUGCAGCCUAAGGGGCGGCUACCACCUGAGGACACGUCAGGAAUUGUUUACCGCGUCAACUGUCUAGAUUGUCCGGCCAACUGUUGUGGCAUGAUCGGCAAACGAUUAAGGUCGCGCAUGCAUGAGCAUUCUCUAGCUGUAAAGCGAAAGGAUGUGCGAUCACAUGUUGCUAUGCAUAGCCUCGAAAAUAACCAUCAAUUCGGCUUCGAAAAGGCAGAAGUAAUCGGCCGAGCUGAAAGCAAAAUGGCGAGUGAGAUAAUCGAAGCCUGGCAAUCCAACGCCAACUCGAUCAAACGUAGGAUCGACCUACCGGCGCCAUACGAGGCCGUCAGAUACGACUGA